AUGAGCAACACAACAAGUGGGGGGUACGUUGGGUCCAGCAACAUCACCGGCUAUGUCUAUGGCAUAGGAAUCUACAUUGGGAUCGUCUUUUUUAUCACCACCAUCACCCUAACCUUUUACUUCUGCACCAGACACCAUCAGCAACGACUCCCUCCUGCAGCUCCUAAUAGGAGACAGAAUGCGCUUGAAGUUGGAAUAGAUGAAGAAUCGCUUGUGAGUUAUCCAAAGUUGUUGUACUCUGAAGCAAAAAAACUGAAGAAGAAUGAUUCAACUUGUGCAUGCUGUUCUAUAUGCCUUGCAGAUUACAAGGGUAGUGAUAUGCUUAGGGUGUUACCUGAUUGUGGCCACCAAUUCCAUAUCAAGUGCAUAGAUCCAUGGCUGAGGCUUCACCCUACUUGUCCACUCUGCAGAACCUCUCCCGUUCCGACGCCUCUUUCAACUCCCUUGCCUCCGAGAUUUAUCCCUCAGAGAUUUAUCCCUUGCCUCAUUCCGCCGACGUGA